CAGAAAGCAAGGAAAAAUCACCUUUAAAUAAUUAUUAUAACGUCUUGGUUAAUGGCAAUAACAGCCGUUUUAUACAUUUCUAGUCGUGCAAAAUGCGAGACCAUGGGUUUAGAAAUGUAAGGUUGUGCAACGUGAGAGAUGGAAAGAGUUUUUGCGUUUUUAUUUGUGUGUGGUGUUGACCAGGUUUUAGUGGUGCAGGUCUUUAUCUGCAGGCUUGUGUGUCCGCAGAGGAGCGGCUAGUCAGUGAGCUCGUGUUGUUUUCUUUACCCAUCGAUUGAAUUGUCAAUUUGCGUGGUUCUGUGAGUGUUUUCUGUUUCCCUGUGCUCCUCGUUAUUACAAUUUAACACAUUUUUUUUUGAUCAAAACAUGAUAUAGCUCUCUGAUAGAAAAAAGGUCUUUGUUUGUGACAACCUUUGUUUUGUCAGGGCUUGAAUUUCACAUCCACUGUCUAGUUUUAGAGGAUGCUGAUUUUUUUCUCUCUCGCAUCAAAGCCUCACCCACAGAAGUUUGGCCCCAUGCAGUAAACAAGUUAGUUGAUUGCUUUUGCUUUAUAUACCGUGAUUUAAUAAGGAAAACACCAACGCAAGCCAGUCCGAGCAGCGUUGGUGGUACCAAUGCCAUGCUUUCCAUUGGUUCCUGUUUACAUGAUGCCCACAGGACACGCCGUGAUUGGUGGCGCCUCACACGUGACCAGGCAACUUUGUACAUUUGACAGGGAGUAGGAGGGUUUUGUGGAGAUCAGAAAAACGACAGCGCGAUAAAAAUUAGUAUUGUUGCACUUCACAAAUUAAUGACCAUGAGUUCCUACUUGAUAAACUCCAACUAUAUCGAGCCUUCCUUUCCUCCAUGCGACGAAUAUCAGCAGAGCGGAUACAUCCCCAACCCCGGUGAUUACUACGAGCGGCCAAAAGAUACGGGCUUCCCCCAUCAUGAAGAGCCAUCCUAUCCGAGGUCAAACUACACGGAAUCGGGAUACGACUACGCGAAUGUGCCCGCCACGGGACUCGAUGAUUUCAGCGACGGGCAUCACGCACAGCCGCAGCCGCAGCCGGUUCCACAGAACCACGGUCCCCGCCUCACCGCGGCCCCAGACGGUGGCGCAGGGGCAAAUGCCAGCAAAGACUGCAGCCUCGCCGGUGAGGUGUAUCCCGGCGUUGCGAAGGGCAAGGAGCCGGUGGUCUAUCCUUGGAUGAAAAAGGUCCACGUUAACACCGUCAAUGCCAAUUACACUGGAGGAGUGCCCAAGAGGUCCCGCACUGCCUACACCCGCCAGCAGGCUCUGGAGCUGGAGAAGGAGUUCCACUUCAACCGGUACCUGACCCGGCGCAGGCGGGUGGAAAUUGCGCACACCAUGUGCUUGUCCGAGCGCCAGGUGAAGAUCUGGUUUCAGAACCGGAGGAUGAAGUGGAAGAAGGAGCACAAGCUUCCCAACACCAAGAUCCGUUCCUCUUCCAGCUCGGCCUCGUCCUCAACCUCGGGGGCCCAGCAGCAGCAGCAGCAGAUCAAAACAGGCCAGCAGCUCGUCCCCACGCCGUGCACCGUAGGUCUAUAGUGCCUGAACGAACCCCCACCCCACAAGAACCCCAAUCCAGACUGAGAUGGCAAAUAACACAAGUGGAAUUUGAUGGACCGAUUCUCAGUAUUUUACACUCAUGGUGUUCUCUCCUUCCCCUUACCUCUGGGCCCCUGUCACGUCCUUUGUGCCCUCUACCCUCUCCGCUCGUCCUCGCCCUCUUCAUAUAAGCUUGAAAUCCACCUUUAAUUGCCACGGUGGCAACUGAAGUGUUUAUAUAUUUGUUUAUUAUCAUAAAAGGAAGGAUAACGCACAUUCAAACAUAGGACUUGGAUCAAAUUGUAUUAUUACAGUUAAAACUGAGUGAGGUCAAAGUAAGUUGGAGAUCAUUUUUUACGUCUUUUUUUAUUAUUUUUUUUAUUAUUGCUCAUGGAAAGUUCUAAUAUACUUGAAAGAUAUUUAGCGAGAGAAUUUAGAUGCCUGUUUGAGAUCCACACGGCUGUUUUUAGAGUGCCAUCAGUCAGAGUAACAUUGUAGUUUGUGUGUUUGUUUGAGUGGGUUGGUUUACUGUUGAAUGUAGUCCAGGAGACGUUCACAUUUUAAUGUACAUAGGCAGAUCAUAACGAAGGCACAAUAAGGAGAGCAUUUCGUCAUGUAGAUUUUAUGUUGUUGGUGUCGUAAGGUCUAGUUUUAUUUGUGCUAGCCAGUCCCAUGUUGUGCUGUGUUCUAAACUGUGAAUAUUUGUAUGUGCUGUCUCAGUAAUGAUCGCUGUGAUGUCGGCUAGUGUAGGCUCAAUAUGUCCUUGUGAAAUAAAUAUGUACUUCACUUAUAAAGCUG